GUGCAGUGAACAGAAAUGUUGUUUUUCUGGGUCCUGUCUGUUGUGUUAAGCACAGUGAGCGGCGGUGUUUACGACUAUGGCGCGUACGAUCCAAGCAGAGACGACUUCCGCCCGGGUACGUUUCCCGACGGCUUCAUCUGGAGCACGGCCACGGCGUCCUACCAGAUCGAGGGCGGCUGGGACGCGGACGGCAAAGGCGAGUCCAUCUGGGACAGGUUCUCCCACACACCUGGUAAGGUAGACCGCGGGGACACCGGAGACGUGGCCUGUGACAGCUACAACAAGUACCGAGAAGACGUGCAGCUCAUGAAGGCCAUGGGUCUGAAGUACUACCGCUUCUCUCUCUCCUGGACCCGAAUCUUACCCGACGGCACGGUAGAGGGAGGAAUCAACCAAGAUGGCGUCGACUAUUACAACAGGUUGAUUGACGAGCUGAUCGCAAACGGCAUCACCCCGAUGGUGACGCUUUACCACUGGGACCUUCCGCAGGCCCUACAGGACAGGUACGGGGGCUGGGUGAGCGAGGAUAUUGUCGAGCAUUAUCACACCUACGCCGCCUACGCGUUCCAGACGUUCGGGGACAGGGUCAAGUUUUGGAUAACUUUUAACGAACCGAUGAUAUUCUGCUCAAUGGGUUAUGAAUCAGGGACACACGCCCCCGGUAUCCAAGAUCCAGCCUCUAGCUUGCGCUGUGGACGUACUCUUCUUAAGGCCCAUGCCAUGGCGUGGCACACGUACAACACGACCUUCCGACGACUUCAGGGAGGUAAAGUCGGGAUCACUCUGAGUCUUUGGUGGGCGGAGCCUCGUGACCCUGACCUUUCCGCUGACGUUGAGGCAACCGACCGCGCUACGCAGAUAAUCAACGGGUGGUUUGCGCAGCCCAUCUUCGGAGACGGCGACUAUCCUAGCGCCAUCGAGGAAACAAUACAGAACCUGAAGUUGACAACGGAUGUUCCUGAAUUGUCCCACGAGGACAAAUCUCUCAUCCGUGGGACGUCGGAUUUCUUGGGUGUGAAUCAUUAUACAACACAAAUUGUGGCUGACAAACCCACCGAUCUACAGUCACAGGACGCCCUUGGGUGGCGAUCGGUUGAAACGACCACCGCCCCGGAGUGGCCACGUGGUGAGUCUGACUGGCUGUAUGCAGUACCAUGGGGACUCCGCAGACUUCUCAAACACAUAAAGGAACACUAUGGCGAUCCCGAGGUCUACAUCACAGAGAACGGUUGGUCUGAUGGUGACGUCACGCCGCCUGUCAUGGAGGACACGGGCCGCAUCUGUUACUACAUCACGUACAUCGAUGAGGUACUGAAAGCCAUCGAAGUAGACGGAGUGAAUGUGCGAGCCUACACCGCCUGGUCCCUGAUGGACAACUUCGAGUGGGCCCGAGGAUACACCGAGAGGUUCGGGCUGCACUACGUCAACUUCACCGACCCGAACCGACCCCGAACACCCAAACAGUCUGCCAAAUUCUACAGCGACGUCAUCGCCAACAACGGCUUCCCUGAGGGAGCAGACGUCACCAGGAUGGUCCAGGACAUGUGGGGGAAAUGUCGGGGCGGUAUCACUGUGAAAGAGGAGCUGAACAUGAGUCUCACGGCUGACCAAACAUCAAUGGGCUCAGAAAUAGCUCCGAACGAGGGCGGGGAACCGGCGGAGCUGCCGGGGAACUCUGACGGCAGCCAAUCGGAGACAGACGAGUCGGAAUUCGGCGAAAUCGUCGUGGCAGACGAACCGAGCGAGACCGAACAAGAUGGCGACCCCCAUGAAGUGAAGCAGCUGUCAGCAGGGGAGGACCCGGAACACGCCGGUAAAUGGGAACCAGAUGACACGGAGUGUGUACUAAACGAGGACGAGGAAGGUAUGGUGCGGCACAGGAAACCACCGGCGGCAAAAUCCAACGGAGCUGCCGGCGACGAGAGCGAGAGGGGCUCGGAGGAUGGGUACGUACAGCAGGGUAGACUCACGGCGAGAGGCCGGCAGACGUCGUUGGGACAGUCACUGAAGGUUUGUGCCACGAUCUUCCUCGCCUUGAUCGGCGGGUUCGGAUACGUCAAGUACCAGGAAAUGUUACGAUCCCGUGUCAACACGCCGCUGCACGCAGCCAAGGUUGUGGAGGAGGGCGCCACCGGCGCGACCGCCUCCCCGGACCGGUUCUGGGGAACGUACCGACCCAAUGUUUACUUCGGCAUGAAGACGCGCAGCCCGCGCUCGCUGGUGACGGGGAUGAUGUGGAUGGUGCAGUACUCCCGGGCGGUCCCCAGGAUCGUGCGGCCCGAGGUCCGGCACACCUGCGAGCAGGGCGACGGGCUGCCCCGCUACGGAUGGCUCCAGCACGACGGCGUCAACUUCGGCCUGCAGGAAAUCAUCGACAAGAACUUCAGCAUGGUCACCGAGUUCGUCAAGCGGCCCGGCGGGGACCACGGCGGCGACUGGACAUGGAGGAUCACCGCCAGUCCCAGGAAGUCCAAGAGCAUCAGCAUCCCCACGGUAUCCUUCCUCUUCUAUGCAGCUACGGAUGGACAGGGCACGAUACAACCAGUUGUGGAGAACAACCGACUAGUCGCCAUCACAGGACAGACGGAGGAGCUGGGAAAGUUCCGCAUGUCCUUCCCGAAGGUGUCCAGAAAGAACGUGACGUACCACCACCUGGUCUCGUACUCGCCGCGUCUGGAUCUCCUGAAGAGCUCCGUGGAACACGGGAUGCGCAGGUUACUGUUCAACAAGACGCGCAUCCUGUACGGGCUGGCCGGUGACCUGAUCAAGAGGAGUACCAUACCCGACAUCAAGGCCAACGUGCUCGUUCAUCAGGUCACGUUGGAGGUUCCGUGCGUCCUGGAAGUCGUGUUUGAGUCAGAAAGCUUCACGUCGAGGAACACCAGGCUCGUGGGGAUGGAACUAACCAGGGAACUGGAGAGGUACAAAGUGGCAUUCGACGAGAAGUUUGAAAACACCUUUGGCUUGAAUAGAAGAGGAUACACGGAGAAGAACCUUCGGUUUGCCAAGGCAGCUGUCAGUAACAUGGUGGGAGGGAUAGGAUACUUCCGAGGCAAGUCCUUGGUGCAGUCUCCCUAUAAUGACGAGCCUGUGGAGUAUUGGGAGGCGCCCCUCUACACGGCUGUCCCCUCCAGGUCCUUCUUCCCUCGCGGGUUCCUCUGGGACGAGGGAUUUCACCAGCUUCUCAUCAGCAAGUGGGACACAGCGAUAAGCAAGGAGAUCCUCAGUCAUUGGCUGGACCUGAUGAACAUAGAGGGCUGGAUCCCCAGGGAACAGAUUCUGGGCAGUGAAGCGAGGAGUAAAGUGCCGGCCGAGUUCGUCGUACAGAAGAACCAGAACGCCAACCCUCCCACGCUGUUCCUCCCCAUCCAGUCCCUGAUGAAGGACCUGGCCGCCAACAGGAGCGAGGAGGACAUCCUCCUGCUGAAGCGGAUGUUCCCCCGGCUGAAGACGUGGUACAACUGGUUCAACACCUCGCAGCUCGGGAACGAACCAUCCUCGUACAGGUGGAGGGGAAGGGAUCCCAGUGCCAACAAAAACCAGCAGCUCAACCCCCUCACCCUGACGUCAGGCCUGGACGACUACCCCCGCGCCUCCCACCCAUCAGACGAUGAGCGCCAUGUCGAUCUUCGCUGCUGGAUGGCGCUUGCCUCCGGCGUGAUGGCGGACAUCGCAAAAGUGAUAGGGGAGCCCGGGGAGGAGUAUGAGGCAACACACAAGCUCCUGACAGACAACGCUGUGCUUGAGAAACUACACUGGUCUCCAUCCAAACAGCUGUUUUCAGACUAUGGAAAACACACCAAAGCGGUGGUGCUAGAACGUGAGAAAGUACCCCUUCCACCCCCACCCAAACCUGGUCAGAGACGACAACCUGUACCUAAAGGCAAGAUGUACCGAGUAAUCAAGGGAGAGCAACCAACCGACAAGUUUGUCAACUCAUUCGGCUAUGUUAGCUUGUUCCCUUUCCUCCUACAGAUCGUGGACGCAAAGUCUCCAAAGUUGGGCAAGAUUCUAACAGACCUGAAAAACCCUCAACUCUUGUGGACAAAGUACGGCCUGAGAUCGCUAGCCAAGACAGAUCCCUUGUACAUGAAAUACAACACAGAACACGACCCUCCCUACUGGAGGGGACAGAUCUGGAUCAACAUGAACUUCCUGGCAGUGCGGGCGUUGCAUCAUUACUCCUCCGUAAAGGGGCCGUACAAGUCCCAGGCUGCAGAGAUAUACAAAGAACUGAGGCGUAAUCUCAUCCACAACCUGUACGUGGAGUAUGAGAGAUCAGGCUUUAUCUGGGAAAACUACAGUGAUGUGAAUGGUCAUGGGAAGGGGUGUCACCCAUUCACAGGCUGGUCAUCACUGAUUGUGUUGAUAAUGGCUGAAAAAUAUUAAGGGGACUAUGUAUGUGCAAGGUUUGCUGAGUGCUUUAGAAGAUAGCUGUCCACUAUCUUUAAAAAUUUACAAUCAGGCAGAGACAGGAUAUGUGUACAGUGUAACUAUGAGACCAGCAAAUGUAGAAUAUGUUGUGGCUGGUUAUACAUGUCUUGUUGGUAUCAUCACAAGGCACUGCAUUUUAUAUGUACAACAAGAACUUUUUGCAUUAUGGUAUAAAGGACAAACAAUUGUAUGUCCUCCAUACCAUGCACUAAAAUGCCUUUGCCAAACCGUAGAAAUUUUGAAAAUAUAUCUUCUUUCUAGUGCUCUCUUUAUUUGAACAAGUUGCUAGUUGUGCACCACAGCAUGUACAAAGGCAUUCUGUUAAAUGCACACACCUGUGUAUUCCAGAGUUUCCAAUAGGAUUCAUAUAAUAUGCUAACAAGAUACCAGUAUAACUGACAGUACACAACUGCCUUCAACAAUAGGACAAGACUGUACAUUAGGUUAUAAAAUACAAAAGAAGAGGGAAGAAAAUGAUAAAGUAUCAAAUGGGAACAUUCUUUAGAUAGUCAGUUUUAUCCAAGCUGCCUCUGAUGUUUCUGUAGCUGUUUAUUCAUAAUUGGCUGGUUUUAUUAUCACCAUUCCUCAUUUUGGAGUCUUGCUUGUCAUUGGCCAUAUUGGAUGUAAGUAUUUUAACAUGGAGGUGUGCAUGAUGGCCUAGUUUGCAUAACUUUAUUCUUGUGGUGAAUGUGGACAAAGUCCUAGUCAUUUUGCAGAAUAUUUCUGCUCCCUGCACUAAAGUAUUUAUUUGUAGAAUGUAGUUUUUUGCCAAGGUGUAUUCUGGUGAUACUUAUUCGUUGGUUGAAUCCCUGAUACAGUAAGUGAUCUCUCUAAGAUCAGAAAUUUUGCUUCAGACUGAAGAAACUGAUUAUGGACUGAUGAAUGAACUAAACUGUUACCACUAUUUAGGUGUGGACUGGAAGUUCAGCCAUGGUUGGCUGGUGUUCAGGAUUAAGUCAGCAGUGUUAAGGGCAUGUUUGGGAUCAAAUAUUAAUGAAAUUUAACUAAAAUUUAAUUUGAUUUGUGGCCUAAGGUAAGCGUGGUAAAUCUGGUCAGACUGCUCCUGAACUUCAGCCAACACUUGGCUGGUGGUUGGGGAAAGGUUCUGCAUUUGUGAUGGGCUUUAGGAGGUGGAAGAAACAAGUGUUGAUAUUUUUAAGCCUCUAGCUCUAUGGUGAGAGUUUGUUGAUGUAGUUCUCAUAAAAAGCUGUUUUUUUUAGUAUAUUGGCCUAUAAAGCUUUAUUUAUGUCUUGCUUUGUGCUAAUCAUUGUUUUAGAUGAUGACCUAAUGUCUUUACACCUAAGGUGUUUGAUUUUUGCUGCUUUGUACAGACAUUUGUGACGUUGUAUGCACUUUCAAUACAAGAGCUAGUGCUGCUACAGCAUAUACAGAACAAGAUGUAGAAAUAAAGUUGUCAUUGGAACACUGGCCAUUGGCAUCA